AUGUCAUCCUUAAGUGAGCAGUUAGCUCAAAUAUCCACUAGUAAUGCUACAGUGGCUUUCGACAGAAAGAGAAGACAAAAAUUACAUUCUGCCUCUUUGAUCUACAAUCCAAAAACUGCUUCUACUCAAGACUACGAGUCUAUUUUCGAAAAUGCCACUAAAGCUCUAAAUGAACUGUCGGAAAUAGACCCAAGAUUCGAAAUCUUUAAAAGAUCUCUCUUUUCUGAAUCCUCAAUCUCUAUCGAUAGAAAUGUUCAAUCGAAAGAUGAAGUUAACAGCUUGAAUAAUGCAAUCAACGCAUAUCUCUAUUUGGCUUCCUCCAAAUGGCAUCUAUCUCCAACUUUACACGCUACUGAAUGGUUGGUUCGUCGUUUUCAAAUUCAUGUCUUAAAUGCAGAAACUUUCCUAUUAUCUACUUUAAACUACUAUCAAACUCCAGUAUUUAAUAGGAUUUUAAAUAUCAUCAAAUUACCACCUCUUUUCCAGCCUCUGUCAAAUUUUGUAAGAAAAGAAAAUUUACCAACAAAUUUAACCAUUAUUAAAUUAUUCAAUGACAUUGGUUUCUUAAAAUUAUAUGCAAGUUACCUAUCCAAAAAUAUAAAGCAAAAAACCACUUACACAAAUCAACUACUCUUUGUUACAUGUUGUUUCAUAAAUCUAAUUGCAUUCAAUUCAAAUAAUGAAGAUAAAUUAAAUCAAAUGGUACCAAUCUUCUUAGAAAUUUCAGCUAAAUUGUUGAGUUCAAAUUCUGUGGAUUGUCAAAUCGCCGCUCAUACUAUUUUAGUUGUCCUAUCCACCGCAUUACCACUACAAAAAGUUAUUAUCAAUGCCGCUAUGGAAACUAUAUUAUCAAAUUUGAAAGAUAUUAAAGCUAAAAAGUCGGCUUUUAUUGCAAUUUGUAAAAUGUUUCAAACUUUGAAGGGUCAAGGCAAUAUCGAUCAAUUAUCUGAUAAACUUUAUAAAUUAUUCGAUUCAUGUUUCGACUCACAUUAUUUAACAACUUUCUUAAGUGAUAAUGAGGAGGGGACUUUAAUAUGCGAUAAAUUUAUUACUAGUUACAUUAGAGCCAUUGCCAGAUACGAUCAUUCAAAGCUAUCAAACAUCGUUAACAUUUUAGAAAAAGUUAAAUUGGAAAAAUUCGAAGUCAGAAUGCUUAUCAUUGAUUUAAUUCAUCUUUCAGAAAUCUUAGAUGAUAAAUCUCAAUUAAUCCAAUUAUUCGAAUAUUUCAUUAAGAUUAACGAGAAACUAGUUAUUAAUUGCUUGAAAUCUUUGAAUUUAACACCAGAACUUUUCGAAAUUAGAUUAACUACAUCCCUUUUCACAUUAAAUGAAAUUAAUGACGAAAAUGUUAAAAACUUGGAUUCUCAAAAGAUUGCUGGACAGAACACUCAAGUUCCACCAUUCAAAGAAUUCUUAGAGAAAAAUUCAUCUUAUAUCAAUACAAAGAAUACUUCAAUGGUAGCUGAAUCGGACGAAACUUUCAAUAAAUCAUUAUCCUUAUUUAUUGAGGCCGUUGGUAGAAGUUACCAGCCUGGUUUAUUUUUAUCAUCAUUCUUCACUACUUUAGAAGGUAGAAUGACUUUCCUUUUAAGAACUGUUAUCUCUCCAGCAGCUCCUAUCACUCUAAGAAUAAUUGCUUUAACUAAUAUCUCCAAAUAUUUGCAUAAUAUUGACAAAGAAUCAAACCUUUUCACUUUGGUUCCAAUACUACUCGUAGCAUUAAAUGACGUCUCUAAAAAUGUCAGAUUACAGGUGAAGAAAGUUUUGAUCCAAAUUUCAAAAAGACCAUCCACCAAACAUUACUUCUUAGUGAACAAAAUUUAUGGUUCUGAUGUCGCUUUACAAAUGUUAAGUCCAAAAGAUGGUGAAAACUGGCUGAAUAAGUUUAUUGAUGAAUAUAUAGUGGAAAACACAGAAAUGUCUCAUAUUUUCAUUCCAAAAAAGAAUGAAAAAGUCUUCUUACUAUUUUGGGCUAAUCAAGCUUUAAACAUUCCACUCCCAUACGCUAAAGCUAUCUUAUUAGAUAACUUAAGCAAACAUUCUUCAGCAAACGCUUACUCAACCCUUUUCCAAAAUUUCUUUGAAAACUAUUUGAAUAAUAGAUCAGAAUGGGAAAUAAAAUGUAAAAACAAUAAGACAGAUUUCAGUAAUUUCGAAACUAAAUUGAUUGAUUUAAUUUCAGAAAAGGAAAAAAAUCAAUUUUUGAUUGAUUUCUCCAUUCAAUGCUUAAAAUCCGACCAUGAACAAUUAUCUGAGUUGGUAGCAGCAAGAAUACUGAAAAUCUUCAGUACUCUCAAAAGUGCUUUCCAAUUGCAGAUUGUAGAAAACAUUAUUAAUUCAGCAGCCGAAUCUGACCCAGUUUAUGAUGCCAUUGGUCUUUUACAAGCAUUACCUGUCUCUGCUGACAUCUUCAACAGCAUCUUAUCUGCCAAUAAAAUAAAUACUGAUGCAAGUGCUACUGAUUUAACCAAAAGGAGAAGAAGACGUUCUUCUUCAAAUAAGUCUGCCUUCCAAAAUGAAGAAGUCUCUCAAUUGGCUGAGGUUCAUCUAAGAAAGUUGACUAUUAUUCUGGAAGCUUUAGAUAAGGCAAAGGUCGAAGGUACUUCUUCAUUAUUAUCCACUCUGUUUUCGCUACUUUCUGAUUUGGAGUCUUUAGAUCAAGAUGGUGGCUUGCCAGUCCUAUAUGUUCAAGAAACGUUGACUUCAUGUAUGUUAAAUGUUCUACAUUCAUUAAAAGAGAAUGGCACUACGGAAUUAGAUAAUGUCAGGGCAGAUAUUUUGGUGUCAGCUAUUAGAAACUCGCCAUCUCCUCAACUUCAAAACAAGUUCCUUUUAGUUGUUGGUGCCUUAGCUUCUUUAAGUUCCGAAACCGUUUUACAUUCCGUCAUGCCAAUAUUUACUUUCAUGGGGGCUCAUAGUAUUCGUCAGGACGAUAGUUUCACUACUCAAGUUGUUGAAAAGACAAUUUUAACUGUCGUUCCAGCCUUGUUAGAAAAUGCAAAUCAAACAAAACAAGAUGAACUUGAAUUUUUGUUGAUGAGCUUUACAACUGCUUUUCAACAUGUUCCAAAACAUAGACGUGUUAGACUUUACUCUACCUUGGUUAAGACUUUAGGUGCUUCGACUGCAAUUGGUCCAUUCUUCUUCUUAGUGGCUCAACAAUUUUCAGCCCACAUGGCCACUUUCAAACUUGGGGAAGCCAGAAACUUCAUUGAAUUUGCCAAGCUGUUCCUAGUAAACUUCACCGUUUCGGAACAAUUAACAGGUUUACGUUCCUUCUUACAAAUCUUGUCUGAUUUACUAAAGUCUAUCAAAGAUAAGGAAACUAAGGACCACUUAUCCUCCAAAGCUCUAUUCACUAAUGGUGUAUUAAACUCAAGUGUAAGCGAACUAUUUGUUUUGGUUCAAAACUCCUUUGACUUCAUUAACAAGGUUAUUCAAGAAGAUGACGCUGACUAUUACAAUGUUAAUGGAAGCUUCAAACUAAGAGUUUAUGCCGCUUUGUUAGAUUCUAACAACGACAAGAAAUAUCUAGCUACAGUAAAGGAAGAAUUUGGAAGCGUUUUAGAAUACGUUUUAUUAUUCAUUAAUAAUUCAGGUGAUAACUUUUCUUUACCAGACGAAAGUUCCGCUGAAGCACUUUCUCCUGAUUUCCAAAGUGAAAUAAAAAACCUUCUUUUCAACUUAUUAACAAAUACUUUGAAUAUGCUGCCAAUAGAAGAUUUUGUAUCUUCAGUCACACCAUUGAUUACCAAGAGUGCCAACAAAGACAUCAGAUAUCAUUUGGCAUUGGUUGUUGGUACGAAGUUUGAGUUAGAAUCUUUAGAAAGUGCACCAGUCGCUGGAAGUGUAAUUGAGCUUCUUUUGGAAAGAGUUCCAAUUGAAAAAUCUUCUAUUUCAGUAGCGAGUGUAUUCAUGAAUACACUCGCCACGUUGAUUGGUAAAUUUGGUAAGAAAUUGGAAGUUUCACUUCUUACAAAAUCUAUAAUUCUUGCCACCAAUGAACUUCUUUCAGAUGAGACAGAAAUGGUUAUCUCUUCUUUAACAGUUAUCACAAAUUGUAUUCAAAAUCUCGGUGUCAAGGCCAUCUCUUUCUAUCCUAAGAUUGUACCACCUUCUAUUAAGAUUUUUGAAAAAUUGAGAGAGAACAAAGAAAACGAAUUGAAGGAACAAUUACAACUCUCCAUUAUAUUAUUAUUUGCAGCAAUGAUCAAAUCUAUCCCUACUUUCUUAAUGUCUAAUCUAGCUAAUGUGAUUUAUAUUAUCCUCUUCAGUGAUGAAGUUGAGACUUCUACUAGACUAUCUGUCAUUGAUUUACUUGUUACAAACAUUGACUUAAAGGAGCUUUUGAAAGUGUUACAAAAGUUAUGGGUAUCUACUGUUUGCAAAACCGAGGAUUCCAUUGCUAUUUCAUUAUUUUUGAGUAUUUUAGAAUCUACAGUGGAGGCAAUUGAUAAAAAAUCUGCAACCUCUCAAUCUCCAACUUUCUUCAAGCUUUUACUUUCUCUAUUUGAAUAUAGAUCAAUCAGUGAAUUUGAUAAUAACACUAUUAGCAGAAUUGAAGCAUCUGUGCAUAAGAUUGCUAACGCUUAUGUUUUGAAGAUGAAUGACAAGGUAUUCAGACCUUUAUUUGUAUUAACCGUUAGAUGGGCCUUUGAUGGAGAAGGUGCUGUGAAUGUGGGAAUUUCAGAAGUCGAAAGAUUGACUGCUUUCUUCAAAUUUUUCAACAAACUUCAAGAAAAUUUAAGAGGUAUUAUUACAUCCUAUUAUACUUACUUAUUAGAGCCAACUACUAAAUUGUUGAAAAGAUACCUAGAUAAGGAGAUAAAUGACAUUAACUUACAACGUCUUGUCUUAAACUCGUUGACUUCUUCAUUCAAAUUUGACAAGGACGAAUACUGGAAAUCUACAUCAAGAUUCGAGAUUAUUUGUGAAGUCCUUGUUGGUCAAUUGAAAGUUGUCGAAAACACUAUUGGUAAAUAUUUAGUCAAGGCAAUUGGCUUUUUAGCCGCUAAUAAUAGCAGUGUCGAUGAACACAACCAAACAUUGAAUAAGAUAUUAGCAAGUCAUAUGAAGGCUACCUGUCCAUCAUUUGAAAAACUUUGGGCUAUUAGAUCUAUGAAAUUGAUCUACUCCAAGGUCGGUGAAAGCUGGUUGGUGUUAUUACCGCAAUUAGUACCAGUCAUUGCAGAAUUGUUAGAAGAUGAUGACGAAGAGGUCGAACAUGAAGUAAGAACGGGUUUAGUUAAGGUGGUCGAAAACGUCCUUGGCGAACCAUUUGACAGAUAUCUAGACUGA